AUGUUCAAACGAGUGGCGAAAGCGACCAGCAAGAAGGCUGACGUCGACGACCUCAAGUCGGCCACCGGCGAUGACACGGCUAUCGGCAUCGACAAGCUAGUGGAUGAAUCCUCCAGCUCGGAAGGCGAAGACUCGGAAGGAGACGAUGAUGAGGACACGAGCGACGAAGAAGACGAGGAUGAGGAAGGAGAUGAGAGCGAUGAAGACGAGGCUGAAAAGGCAGAGGGCGCCAAGACUGGCUCAAAGCGCAAGCGCGGCAAGGACGCAAAGGAAGACGAGGAAGAGGAUGCCGCCGCUCAGGUGUCAAUAGACGACGCCAUUCAAGAUCCCAUUUACGUCCCGACAGAAGGCGAGAAGAAGCACGGCAUCUUUGCUUCUCGAUGCAUCGUAUGCGAAGCUGCAGUACUCAAAGACGCACACCUCGUCACGGCGCAUCUCGAGGGCAAAGCUCACAAGCGCCGAAUGGAGCGCUUCCAACGCUACGUCCAAGAUCAGCUUUCCGAAACACAACGCAAGGCCAUCGAUGCAAGGGACGCCGUUGACCAGAUGGACGCUUGGAGGGCCGAACAGGACGAGCUCGAAAAGGAAAAGCAGGCGCAAGCACCGCCGAGCAAGAGGGCGCUGGCAAAGAAGCAGAAGGCUGCCGAGUUUCGCCAGAAGAAGAAGGAGCAAGCUUUGAAGCGAAAAGCGCAACAAGCGGCCAAAGGCGACAAGGAUGCCGACAAGGAGGAAGCCGCAACAGAGCAAAAGACCAGCCCGAGCAAGAAGGACAGUCCAAAAAAGAAGGACGGCUCAAAGGAGAAGGACGGCUCAAAAGCAACAUCCAGCCCAGAGAAGAAGACGGUCAAGGCGAAGAGUCCUAACAAGAAGGCUAAGAAGGACGCUUGA